UUUUGGCGGGGCCCAGUGGCGUAGGUAAAACCGAGCUUGCGCACCGCAUUGGCUCGGCAAUACUAGGAAAAGCCACAGAUGUCAUGCAACACGAGCGGAGUUUCAUUACAUUUGACAUGACCGCCUAUACUGGUGCUGAGAGUGUACAGUCGUUUACCGGGUCACCACCCGGAUACGAGGGCAAAUCACCCAUGAAGGAGGUACUUAUGCAACACCCCAAUGCCGUGAUCUUAUUGGACGAGUUCGAAAAGGGAUACUGCAAAG